AUGCCUUCAACAAAAACGGUCAACGUCUCUGAGAGCACAUCUGGGGACUCCAAUAAAACUACAAGCCCAAGCGAAAUCGUGCCUUCGACGGACACGACGGACAGAGCAUCCGACCCAUCACUGAUCGGUCCUGUCGUCAGCCUGUCUACGUCCUCAACUGAGGAUACACCGGAGGACUCGACUAUCACCACAUAUAUCAGCCCUGUCAUGCCACCAGUGGACGCAGCAAAUGUUCCUCUGCCAGAGGACGAAUGCGAUGAGGAUAUGCUUGAAGUUACGCCUCCUGCCGACCAUGCGGCAACCAUCCCAAAAAGUGACAAUGUCGAGCUUGCAGACCAUGAACCGGCAGGCCUGAACACCACCGAUCAGGACCAAGAUGACUCUCAACCAGAGGAUGUCGGCCCGCCCGACACAAGUUUUGCAUCGUUUCCCUCAGCUCUCACCCUACCCAAAACACCGGAAAGACAAGCCGAGUCUUUGGCAGAUAGCGGAGAUCACCGUGGCUCCACGACAUCGUCCUUUUCGUCGAUCGAGAGUUGUCCAAAGACACCAACUAGGGAAGGUUCAUCGACCUACCCUUUCGUUGUCGAAGACGAGACCAAGAGUCUCUCACUGGACAGCCUUGAUUUGAUGUCCUCGAAUUGGAUGGAGAACAUUGCCAACUUCCUCGAGAAAAUCGAACAUAUUGAGCCCGACACAGAAGAGGUCUUGGAGCCCAGUAUCGUCGCAUUUGUUGAAGGAGAGGAGUAUGAUGGACCGACCAUCGCUCUCCCAGACACCCCCGAGUACCAUCCUUACUCGAACAACUUCCAAGUUCGCCUCUCCAGAUACGGUGGCUUUGGAACCUUUGCCACUCGUGACUUGAAGAUGGGCGAGGUCAUUCUGAAUGAGAAACCUCUCCUAAGGACGCCUCGCGACAGUUUUUAUACCGAAUUUCUCAAGCUGCCCGAAGAAGACCAGGCUAAGUUUAUGCAGUUGUAUACGCCCCCUGGCGAGUACACGAGUCACGACGGAAGCGACUAUAACCACAUCAGGGGGAUCCUGAAGGCAAACUCCUUUGCCAUCAACCCUUACAGCAGCGACAUAAUAAGCGUGUACAACGUUACAUCAAGGCUGAAUCAUGCUUGCCGGUCGGUGGCCAACGUUCUCUUCGAUUUUGAUUUUCAGGAUCCGGAAUGCAUCACAUUGACUGUCAGCAAGCCUGUGAAAGCCGGCUCAGAGCUGUUCAUCAGCUAUGGUGGAAGCCCAUUGUCACUCUAUGAGCGAUACGGGUUCCGAUGCUGUUGCGGAGGGUGCGAGGGCGUGACGGAUCAAGACAUCGCCAUCAUGAAGAAAGCCAAAGAUAUCGAGAAGUACCUCUGGAGUGGUGGUCUUGGAGGAGGUUCAAUACCCUAA